UUUAAGUUUUAACGACUCUUCUCCUCCUCCUGACACCGCCGCCACCGGCGCAAUCCUCCACCUCCGCCGCCGCCGUAUCCGUACCUGGCCGGCAGUUUUGCUCCCCAACUCCACGGACGCGACGGAGCGAAAUCUUCUCAACUUCCGUACAUAGAAAUCGAGUACUUGGCACCUCCGAUGGCUGAGUUGACUCAGCCCGAUGUGGUCUACUCGCCUCGCUCUCUCCAGCUAUGGACGACUCUCGUGAACUGGCUCGCUUUCUUCUUCCAGAUCUUCCUUCAGAUCCUCCGCCCUCUCGGACAUCUUCCCCUUCUCUCUUCCUCUUCAUCGUCUCACUCCUUCAAGCCCUUGCCCGUCGUCGAACUGCCGGAGAUCGAUUCUUCUUCGUCUUCUCCUUCUGUUCCGCCCACUUUGGAGAUCACCGCCGGCGAUAAGGGCUUGAAUCGGCUCAAUCAUCCCAUCCAGGGCCUUCACAGGCUGACGGUCGUACUCGACUUGGAUGAGACGCUGGUUUGUGCAUACGAGACGUCCAGCUUGCCGCCGGCGCUUAGAAGCCAGGCGACGGAGGGUGGAUUGAAGUGGUUCGAGCUGGAGUGCGUCUCGUCGGACAAGGAAUGUGACGGGAAGCCUAAGAUCAAUUAUGUAACCGUGUUUGAGCGUCCAGGAUUGCAUGACUUCCUUAAACAGCUCAGUGAAUUUGCUGAUCUUGUGCUCUUCACUGCUGGCUUGGAAGGUUAUGCAAGGCCCCUUGUUGAUACAAUCGACAAAGAAAACCUAUUCAGCCUUCGCCUUUAUCGGCCUUCAACGAUUAGCACGGAGUAUAGGGAGCAUGUGAAGGAUCUCACGUGCAUAUCGAAUGAUCCUUGCCGGGUUGUUAUUGUGGACAACAACCCCUUCAGCUUCUUGUUGCAGCCCUUGAAUGGAAUCCCAUGCGUCCCAUUUUCGGCUGGCCAACCACAGGACACACAGCUUCUAGAUGUAAUCCUGCCACUGCUCAAGCAACUCUCUCAGCAGACAGACAUUAGGCCGAUGCUGUAUGAGAGAUUCCACAUGCCUGAGUGGUUCCAGAAGCAGGGUAUUCCUGCUACUGGCCCUGGAUGGAGAUAAAUAUAUUAGUAUACAAGAAGUAAACCUCAACUUCAGCUUCCAGUCCCUCUGUACCAUCCACAACACUUUGAUUUAUUCUAAAAGCAGCAAUGUGUUUCGUUCGUCUCUUGCGAGUUUGGCAACUACUAGCAUUUCAUUUGUUUGUAGAUAGCAGCAUCAAAUUUUUGCAAGCCAGCCAUAGGUCACAUUAAUGAAAGCAGCAGGCGAGCAAGGCGGCACGGCACAGCUGAAGAUCAUUCAAUUCAAUUCUCUUGCUUUUUGUAGCCACUUUCAUGUCUGUAGAUAUUUUCUAUACAGUUACACACAUUCUUAGUCUUGAUUUGUAAUGCCACCUAGAGGGUCUCUCAGUCAGUAUGUUGUAAAAAUUGGGGGAGGCCCGGGUCAAUACAGCUUUCCUCGCUAUUUCAGGCAUGUAGUUAGAACUUAAAGACAGCCCGGUUGUGGUCACGGUUGUAACUAUCUUAGUUCUUUCCUUCUAUACAAGCAGCCAUCAACCCGCAACCAGACCCACGACGACUUCGAUGAAAUCGAUUCAAACUAUGCACUACUGAGCUGUUCUAGCCUUCUAGGUGAAGAUUGCUUGGCAUGGGAUUGCAUUCCCUAAGCAAGAAAGAUUCAGUGUUGAA